ACCCCCCCUAACCAGCGGCCGAGUUCACUCCUCGCCUCCACACUCUGCUCUUGAGCCUCACGCCGCCGGGGCCGGCGCUGAGAUCCAGCGCCCGGCCGUCCCGCCGCGACCGCGCCUCCCCGCCUCCUCGUCAUCGUCCUGAUCUGCGGUGCUGGCAAAGAGCGGAGACGGACGGAACGCCUGUCCUACCUGGUUUGAUUUCCUGCAAAUUCAGGCUUGCAUGGCUGGAAGAAAAGAAAAACAUGUACUUAUUGCUUGCCAAGCAACCAGUGGUAGAAUCACACGAUCUAAAGCUGCUGCGAAUCGUACAAGAUCUGGGGCGGCUCCUUCUGUACCACUUCCUCUGAAAGCCGAACAAAAACAUGCAGCAAAAGGAAAGAUGAAAAGGGAAACUUCAGAUGAAAAUUCUUAUGCCGAUGCUGGAGCUUCAGCUCCUCAGCCUAAAAAGCGCAUAGUUCUCAAGAAUGUAACCAACAUAAGCUGUGCUAAUGCUUGCAAAAAAUGCACUGCUGUAACUAAGUUGCAGCCGAGGCCUUCCCAGAAGGUUGGACAGUGCAUAAACAAGCAGUGUUCAAAUAAGAACCCCAAGCUUCUCCCUCUAGCUGCUGGGGGGAGUUUAUUUGUGAAUGAUUCUAACAGUGCUGAAGAAACACAAAAGGUAGACCUUUUGGCACAGAAAAAGAAGCAGAUUGGUUUGGUUGAAAAAGAGGGGGCUGUAUCAUUACAGAAUAUUGAACAAAACAGAGACAGUGCUUUUCAUGAGGCAUUCUUUGAGGAAAGAAAUGCCAGGAAUAAACUCGAAAUUGCUGCCUUAAAGGCUGGGGGCUCUGAUGGUUUAAACAUUGUAGAUAUUGACAAAAAUAAUGGUGAUCCUCAAAUGUGUGUUACCUACGUUGCAGAGAUAUACAGAAAUCUAAUGGCCUCAGAGCUUAUAAGAAGACCUAGGCCAAAUUACAUGGAAACUUUGCAACAAGACAUCACAACGAGCAUGCGAGGUCUUCUAAUUGAUUGGCUUGUUGAGGUUUCUGAAGAAUAUAAGCUUGUGGCAGAUACACUUUACCUUACAGUAUAUCUUAUUGACCAAUUUCUUUCUCAGAAUUGUAUCCAAAUGCAGAAACUACAACUUCUUGGAAUAACCAGCAUGCUUAUAGCCUCGAAAUAUGAAGAGUUUUGUGCUCCUAGCGUUGAAGAAUUUUGUAUCAUAACAGACAGUACAUAUCAGAAGGCUGAGGUUCUGGAAAUGGAGCGUAAAGUGCUUGAUGACCUGGGAUUUCAUUUAUCUGUUCCAACAACAAACAUGUUUCUCAGGAGAUUCCUAAGAGCAGCACAGGCUUCUUGUAUAGCUCCUUCGUCUACAUUGUGUUAUCUGGCCAAUUAUCUAGCAGAGUUGACUUUGAUCGACUAUGGUUUCCUGAAAUUUCUUCCUUCAGUGGUGGCAGCAUCUUCAGUUUUCCUUGCAAGAUGGACACUUAACCAAUCAGACCAUCCAUGGAACCCUACUCUUGAGCACUACACCUCUUACAAAAGUUCCAAUAUUCGAAUGUGCGUGUGUGCUCUACAGAAACUACAACAUAACACCAAUAAUUGCCCCCUCAAAUCCAUUCGUGAGAAGUACGGGCAGCAAAAGUUCGAGUGUGUCGCCAACCUGAGGUCACCAGAGCUGCUGCAGUCACUUUUCACUUGACAAGCUCCCCGCUGAUUCAACCAUUUGCUGCAACCAUCCUAAGACCACAUCACCAACUUACUCUUCUUUAGUCUCCUUGUGCUGCCUCUGAGCAGUUUUUGUUAUGUUCCCGAGCUUUUUUCAGGUCUUACACUAGACUUAGAAUAGAAUUAUUGGCAUUUGUUUCGACCGGCAUAAAAAUUACCUGCAUGUAAAGCCACGUGUGUGCAGGCUGCUGCCCUGAGUUGAUAAUGGUAGGAUUGUAACUACCAAUCCAUCGAUCGAUAUAAUUAUGAUGCAUUUC